GUAUUUUAGACACUGCUUUCUGUGUCCCUUAUAAGAAAAAACAAGAGUAAUUCUCUCUUUUCAGGCAGGGAUUUAUAUUUUCAUCCAUGAAAAUGAGAACCCAGAUCAAAUUUUGCAUGUAUUUUUCUAAAAUCUCAUAUUUUUCUGUUUAAUAUGCUUGCCCUGAUGUGUUUUUGUGUGUUUGCACAUUUGAAUUUCUUCGAAUUUUUGUCUUCCAAAUUCCCGUCGUAUGUACUCACUUUCUGGUGGAAUUGUAAUUCCUUUCUCUCUCUCUCUCUCUCUCUCUCUCUCUCUCUCUCUCUCUCUCUCUCUCUCAAAUAUAAAUAUGAUGUUUGAACCAGUGAACUAUAUGAUGAUCUGCCGUUUUACAUUCUGUCAGAGGGUUUAACGUUGGCUUCCUGUUCUUUUAUGUACUAAUACAUAUGUUAAGUUAUGCCUUCGUGACAUAAAAAAGGUGUUAACUUUGUUAUGAUUAGUAGAAAUUGAGGGGUCUUAUUUAGGAACAAGUUGACAUAUAUUGUAUUCUGCAAUGGGAUGAUUUCAAGGUUUUCUAACUACCCUUUUGUCUGUACUUUACCCUUUUAACUGUAAGCCUUCUUGUCUGCAUUGCCUCACACAUAUACUAUUCUAGUAAUUUCUGCAUUUGAUUUUCCUUUGUUUUAUUUAUUUUAUAUAGGAGAAUAUGUAGGCCUAUAUAUAUUUUUGUUCACUUCUUAGAUUUUGGCUAUCUGGAAGUAGUCAUGAAGAUGAUUGGUCAGAAAUGAAACUGAAAAAUGAAUUUCCCAGGGGAAAGGGAAGGAAAGCAGGAAAGCAGGAAAGCUACAUUUGGUUGCGCAGAGUUUUUGGAAUUUAUUUUGAUUAUGAUCUUCUGUUGUUCCGUUUUUUGAGUUGUACUUCACUGAAUUAAAUUUGGUCCCAAAGUUGGUCUUCUCUUACUGCAGAUCUCAUUUUGACUUUAGAACUUUGGGUUUUGCAGCAAUUGGUACAAGACCACUUAAAAGCAUAUAAGAUCUUAUCUGCAUUAUGUACUCGUUGUUAAAGAAAGUGUACGAUUUGUUUGAUGUUUUUGUGUCCUAGUGUUCUUGGUCGGUGUUCUUUUAUUCAUGGGAUUAGGACACAUAAAUUCGUUUUCGUAUUAAGUUAUCAACCACCCAACAAUUUGUUUCAUAUAUGUUCCUUUUUUGUUGAUCCGGCCUGUUAACCUUGAUGCGAUAUUUAUUUGGUUGAAGUACAAGUUUUGUUCUAGUUUCAUCAGUAUUAGUCUAUUAUUUACAUCAUACAGCCCAGCUUCACCCCAUGCAGUGGUCUUUUACCUUUUUUCUUUCUUCACAUGCAUUCGAUGCAAGAAUUUCCUGGCUGCCAAUUCUGCUACUUGUUUUUCACAAAUUUCUAUAUUUUCCAUUCCUCAACGCGCCUUGAGAUUAAAGAAGCUUGUUACUUUUAGCAGAUGACUUUUUCUACUUGCGAUGAAAGUCUGAGAUAUGGUAUUGCAGCGGAGGUUGGACUAUGGCUUCAAUGGCUACCAGGUGCCUGAGGUUCCUCGAGCUUCUAGAUCAGCCAGGGGAAGGGGACCUAUCAAGAAGAAACUAGAGGCCAAUCAAAUUCGUGCUUUUGAGAUUUUGGCCAGUGUAGCUGGUAAGUUAUUGCAGGAGAGCGAACAUCCUCUGCCAACAAAUGAUUCUUGUGGAAAGGAUGUGCAUUUCAUUUUUGAUGAUACCACUAAGAGCAAACAGGAGAAAGGAAACUUCUCAAAGGAAGACCCAUGUGAGCGUGGAAGCUGUGAUGAGCAAACCCUUUUAUGUGUGGGCAGGAUGCAAGAGUGCCAACAAAGUUAUACAUUGAAUGGGGUUUCACAUUCUCAGGAAAAUUUUAGUUAUGAGAUCAACCGAGCAUCAAAAAGUUUUGAUCAUUCAGAGAGUAUAUAUUCUAACAAAGUAUUCAGUGACUCUCCCUUAUCUGGAGAUUCUGUUGAAGAGAAGCCACGGGGUGUACUCAAGAGGAAGCUAGAGACUGGACCAUCAAAGGAUACGAGCAUAAAGGAUGAAAGAAUCCAGAUUUUAGGCAAUUCUGAGGAUAUAAUGAAAGUGGAAGGGAUGCCUUCUGAACUGGUCAGUUGUGGGCAUGAUGUAAAGACUUCCUUUUCAGGGGACUGCAAAAAUCAUGAUCCUUUACUCUGCCAUUGUGCUAAUAUUAAAGUAGAUAGUAAAGAUGAUGACGAAAACUGUGUUAGGUAUGCCCAACCCCUCAGCGUGGUAAAAGAAUUUGAGCAGCCACCAGACGCCGGUGAUGAGAAAAUAAAUAAUCUUGCUGCGUCCAGGCACUGGGGAGUAGCUCCUGAGAGGAGGAUUGGGGGUUAUUCUAGAAAUGAUGGGAAGAUCAGGCAAGUUUACCGCCACGGGAGAAAUUGUUAUACACAUCAAAGAUCACAGAAGAUUUAUCCUUUUAAAAAGAGAAAGUUCUUUAAUCGGAUGCCACUUGCUACACCUGAUAGAGGGUUUAACUGUGAAAGCAUAUUUAAUUCUCCUGAUAAGAGAGUAAAUAGUGACAACUACUGCGCAGAAAUUGGACCAUCAUCCUCAACAACAGGUGGGCAAGUACCACUCAAGUCCAGUGAUUGCAAUGUGAAGCUUAGUAUUAAAUCCUUCAAGGUUCCUGAUCUCUUUAUUGAAAUUCCUGCAACUGCAACUGUUGGUUCAUUGAAGAGGACAGUAAUGGAGGCAGUAACAUCCAUACUUGGAGAUGGAUUACAUGUUGGCAUCCUGGUCCGGGGAAAAAAGGUCAGAGAUGACAACAAAACUCUACUUCAGACUGGGAUUUCUCAGGAUGAGAAGAGUCGUAAUUUGGGCUUUAUGUUGGAGCCAAAACGUGCAAAGCUUACAUAUUCUCCACGCAGCAAAGAUCCUUCUUUGCCAUCUGGCAGAUCUCGGGAGUUAACCAGGCAUUGUGCAUCUUUGGUGUCACAACCGGGGACUUCAAAUGUCUCCCCAAAUCCUCCAGUAAUUAAUUUUGGUGGUUGUGUUAAAAGAGACCUCAACGCACUUCCCUCUCUUCCCAGUACCUCUAUUGAAAAAACCCCACAAGCAUCCCAAGCUCUGGCUGCAGUUCCACCAAUUAGCAUGAAUGCAUUGGCUGUGGUUCCUUUUCAUCGGAAAUCUGGGCAUCCAGAGUAUGUACAGCGCCGGAUCAGGAGACCUUUCUCUGUUCCAGAAGUAGAAGCAUUGGUUCAAGCUGUUGAGAAACUCGGAACAGGAAGGUGGCGUGACGUUAAGUUGCGUGCUUUUGAUGGUGCAAAACAUCGAACUUAUGUGGAUUUGAAGGACAAGUGGAAAACAUUGGUACACACAGCAAGAAUCUCCCCCCAGCAAAGGAGGGGAGAGCCCGUUCCGCAGGAGCUUCUGGACAGGGUCCUAGCUGCCCAUGCCUGCUGGUCUCAGCGGCGCGCCAAGCAACAGGUCAAAGCAGCAGUCUGAGGCCUAGGCUUUGUAAAAAAAGAUCUGGGAAGAAGAGGGUAUCUGUAUGUAAAUGUUACAGCUAGAAAAUUGUCAUGUAAAUGAGACUUGAUGUAAUAUGCUAUUUCUCUCACUUGAUCCACAAGACACCAAUCUAUCCUUUCCCAGUUAAGAAGAGUCUUGUGAUAUGUAAAUGAUUGUUUAUGCAGCAACUGGAGUAUGCUCUGAGAAUUAAAUCCACCAGACAUCACAUGGAAUUUAUAUAAUAUGACAAAUUGUUUGAUUCUCUGCCAAGA